AUGGUUUACGGCGAUAAAAAUGCACCAAACUGUCAAGUCCCGACGGGACUCAGCUCGCUCCCCCGCAAAGACUGCAAUGCCACUAUUCUCAUACUCCUACCUUUCAUCGUCAAUCAUCUCUCGGCGAUAGUCACGCACCUCACGCUCGGUAAUCGCAAAGCAAGAAAUAAGUUGAGGUUCUGGGACUACAACCAUCUCAACGGGUCACCAAAAGAGGCCUUAUCAUGGACGCCCUAUAACACUCUGGCGACCAUUGCCAUGACGGUGGUGCAAUGCGUUGUUAGCGCCGUGGCUGUUAAAGCUUCCGGGCUGAAUGUCAGCAUCGGGCCGCUUAUCAUGUUCUACCUGACCAAGCCUCGUGUUGGGUGGGUGGUUGUCAUGUUAUCAGCUUGCUUUUACGAACCUCUCACCGAUACAGCCACUGAUAUACUCUUUCAAGACUGUGUGCUCGGUGUCUUGGCACUCCCCGGUGCGCUCAUGUUCUUGAAAGUCAGUGGUUUUGGGGACAUGCCCAACGGCUGUGACGAAUAUGAUUUUUUCUUCGACGACAAUAAUGACUAUGGUACAAAUAUGGAUGCUUAUGGUACAAAUGUUGACGCCAAUCUCUUCCUGUGCAGUGGCUCAAGUAGCCUUGUCGCAUGCGGUGCGAUCCUUUUGUUUGUUGGUAUUUCCAUGCUUUGGAAACGUCGCUUUCUCAAGAGGCGACUCGGUCUAUUAGCUAUGAUCCCUUGCACGGGCGCAUUCGUGUCUGCGUGGGUUCUCUGGAUCGGCUUUGACUAUGCUGUCAUGAAUGGAGACUUUUGCAUUUCUGGGUCGGCUAUCGGAACAGUAUCUGCUAUAUCCAUCAUUUUCCCCAUUCUGAACGGUCUUUUACGUGGCUGGAUUGGAUAUCCUGGUGGAGGCUACUAUCCGUAUUGA